CUGGAAAAGCAGACUAUUGAACCACUCACGUACGCCUGUCGGAGUCAAGAUGCCGAUGAAUGUGGCCGAAGCAAAAGACAUGCUCCUCAGAUGGGCGAAAGCUAAGACCAAGGAAUAUGAUAACGUGAACAUCGAGAAUUUCUCCACCUCUUGGAACAACGGUCUGGCUUUCUGUGCUCUGAUUCAUCACCAUCUGCCCGAUGCCUUCGACUAUUCCGCUCUAGAUCCGGCGAACAAGAAGGAAAACUUUGACCUCGCUUUCAACACGGCUGAGGAAAAACUGGGCGUCACACCGCUCCUGGCGACUGAAGAUAUGCUGUUGACGGACAAACCCGACUGGAAAUGCAUUUUCACAUACCUCCAGGCACUCUAUCGAAAACUCAUCGCUCUGGAGCCCAAGUGAUGCGGCUCCAGCUGAUGUUCUGAUUUCCGAAGACAAAUUCUUACGGUUUUCGGAUGCUGUCUACAAGAGAACUUGUAUAGAGCCGCUUGUGUGAUAAUGUAUUUCUGCCUAGCGAGACGUUCUGAUCCCGACGUCGAAAUGCUUUCUAGGGUAUCUGUAUUAUUAUUAUUAUUAUUAUUAUUAUUAUUAUUAUUAUUAUUGCUGCUGUUGUCAAAGUCUCCAAGGAUGUCUAAACUUUUCUUCCCAAGGAGCUGCUUCUAGCGUGCCCUGAGC